CCCAGCAGCGAGGCAGGAGCCAAGGAGCCGCCGGCCCGCCGGCUCAUCCGCCCACCCGCCCCUCGCCUCGUCCCCACUUGUUGACGUGCGCUCUGCGAGAGGCGUCUUGUCAUGUCGGGGAAACGUGGACCAUACAAACAGUAUGAGUUUAAGGAAUCGCGGACGCCAGCUCCAAAAUCGACGGUCCUCGCUGCCAUUCAUCCGCCGCCUCGCAAAAAGCGGAGGAAAGCUAGUGAAGAUGUCCCUUGCAGUAUUCAAUCCAUGGAAGUUGAGAGCCCAAGCAACAUUGAAGAAAGAUGCACUCCGUCCACAAGUACUAUUUCAGGAUGCACUCCGUCCACAAGUACUAUUUCAGGCGAAGCACCCCUGACAGCGAGGGUUCUAUCUACAGAGUCGUCACAGAUUCUUUCUGGCUGUUUCCAAUCCACUGAAGUUCAGCAGCCAAGCCCUUCGUCAUUAUCAUUUGGAGCGAGGAAUACCCCAUCAGAAGAAAGAUGCACUCCAUCCACAAGUACGGUUUCCGAUGAAGCACCCCUGACAGCUAGGGUUCCAUCUACAGAGCCGCUGUCUCAAGAUGAAGAGUGGCAUUUUGUGCAAGACCCUCAAACUACCGAAAUGCCAGAUAAGGAUGAUGAAUUAUGUGAGGAGAACGAUGAUGAGUUAUGUGAGGAGAACGAUGAUGAGGAUGCAUUGAAUUCUGAUGGUGAGAGCAAUCUUUCAACGCCAAGAGCUGAAAAUUCUGCAUUUGGUGAAGAUCCUGACAACAGUGAUGAUGAUGAGGUGUUAGCCGCUGCCAGUGACCUUCACCUGAGUGUGGCGCAAAGAAUCACAGUGCUGCUUUUACUGGCCGUUAAAUUUGCUCACAAUCUGACUUAUACAGCUGCUGAAUGCAUUAUGCGACUUGCAGGCGUGCUGUCAGAAGCUAGUUUAUUUUCUCCCACCAAGUACAUGUUGAAGACUGCCAUUUCGCUUUAUUCUUCUUCCUUGUCAGAACAUCAUAUCUGUCCACACUGUGGUGUUUACAUUGGAGUUAUUGAUAGAAUGAAAGAAUGUGAUGACUGCCACAAUGAAGUUGAUGCUAAACGUAAUAAGAAGAAGGGGAAUGUAUUCCUGUAUUUGUCUGUGGGUGAGCAAAUCAAAUCUCUCCUCAUGAAUGGUCUGGCAAAGGAACUUGUUAACCCCCGGCAUCGGAAAAAGAUUAAGCCUGGAAACUAUGAGGACAUUCAAGAUGGGAAGCUCUACAAGAAAUUGGUUGACUUGGCACGCAUAUCGUUUAAUUUCUUUGUUGAUGGUCUUCAGGUUGGCUUGACUACCAAAUUCUCUGCUUGGCCUGUUUUAAUAUCAAUUAAUGAACUUCCUCUUCAUUUGAGAAGGAAGCAUGUUCUAAUGGCAAAUGUGUGGCUUGGAAAAGGAAAACCGAAUAUGAAUGAAUAUCUGAAGCCGUUUAUCAAAGAAUGCGUGGAGCUACAAAGAAAUGGCAUCACCAUUAAGAUCAAUGGGCAGGAUAAAACUUUCAAGAUUGUACCUCUCAUGUGUGUGAGUGAUUCAGUGGCUCGGCCACUCCUUAGAUGUUCAACCCAAUUCAAUGGUGCAUUCGGAUGUGGAUUGUGUUACCAUCCGGGUUUCCGAAUGAGGAGAGGUCGUGGCUCCUGCAGAUCUUAUACUAUUUCAACCAGAGAGUAUCCUCCAAGGACACAUGAAGAAACUGUUGAGCUUGCCAGGAAAGCAAUCAGAAGGAACAAAGCACAACGUGGCAUCAAGGGUCUUUCCAUCUUAACUGAAAUACCAGGGUUCGAUAUUGUUAAUUGCCUGGACCUUGAUCUAUUUCAUGCGCUUGUCAACUGUGCCAAGAGGUUUGCAAACUUGUGGUUUAGUAAGAGAUAUUCAUCUAAAGACUUCAGUGUAAGGUCCAGGUUGAAUGAGGUUGAUCGACGUUUACUGUCCAUAACAAUCACUGAUACUGUCUCAAGAGCUCCUCGCUCUUUAGAGGAUCGUUCAGAUUGGAGAGGUCAUGAGUGGUUCCACUGGGUUGUUUUUUAUAGUAUUCCAGUCUUGGCAGGAAUUCUGCCCAAGCGCUACCUCAACCACUGGAGUCUUUUGGUACGUGGAAUUGUAAUUCUGAUGCAGAAUUCCGUAUCUAAAAGUGAUGUAGUUCAUGCCAGAAGAUUUCUGAGACAGUUUAAUGUUGAGAUUGAUACAUUAUAUGGACCAGAACAUGUCACUUUUAGUACACAUUUACUUACACAUUUAGGAACUAGUACUAUUAAUUUUGCUCAGCCUUGGACCCACUCUGCAUUUGUUUUUGAAAGUUUCAAUGGUGAAAUUAAGUCAGCUGUUCAUAGCGGUAAUGGAGUUGCCCAUCAGAUUUCAAAGUAUAUGCAAUUAAAAAUUGCUUUAAAUGCUAUGUAUAAAGAUUUAGAACAUGCUAUGAGUGAAAAGGAGAAGGCCUUCUUCCAGUCUGUAAUGUGUGCUGCUAGUCCAUUGGUACAACCUUAUCUUACUAUUGGUGAUGUAGGUUUCCAUGGUGUGCCAAAAACUGUUCUUUUGGCUCCUAACUUGCAUCGUACAAUUGUGAGAGAGGGAAUUGAGGCUGUGCUUGGCAAAGAAUAUUUUAUGUUUGACAGGUGUAGUGUAAAUGGUGUUGUGUAUCAGUCAGUUGCUUACUCUAAAGCUGAAAAGCAGAACAAUUCUAUAGUUUUAUUAUCAGACGAUAGGGUUUUUUAAAUCCACUCUUUCAUAGUUAUUGAUAAUAUUGGCAUUGCAUUAGGACACUAUCUAGUAAGAAAUCAUACAAGACUCUGCAAUGAUCAAAUUCCUCAUGUCAAAAUAUUUAAUGAAGAGGUUGAAGAAACAUUAAGAUGUGUUCCUAUUUCUCACUUUGAUGUGAAACUUCUUUCAUUCUCACUUAACAUUUCUGAUUCUGGGCCUCUCAGAUUUGCUUGUGUUGAUGUACUACAAAUGGAAAUGCUCCAUUGAAUGUAUUAUCCUUAUGUAUUAUCUGCUUCUCCUUCAACCUCUCAUCUUCUUUGUUACCAGUGUAUUUUUUAUAAGAGAUUUGUAGAAUAAUUUUUUUAUGCAAUUUGCUUUUAAUGGACUACCAAUUGUAAUUUGUUUUAUUUUAUACCUUGUCCUAUAAUCAUGUUUUCCAUUGCUUGUAUUUCCUUUUUUUUUUGUUUUGAGGUAUUUUAUUUUUCUUACUACUUAAUAUAUUUUAGUUUUUUUAACUGUACUUCGGGGGAAAUAGCUCUUAAGAACGCCCAUCAUUGCUAUGCGGCAUUGGUCUGUAUUUGAUUUUAGAUGGAGAAUCAGGCUGCGAUUAAAAAUAUUAUGUUGACUAUUUUGACUAAAAUUUUGACUAAAAUUUAAGUCCCAACUCAUAUCAAUGAAUUUGAACAUGUGCAUUAUUCGCUCAUCAGAUGGAUUUGAAUACACAUUAGAUUUUUUUCUUUUUCAAUGAAACCUCCAAAAAUUUUAAUAAACAUAUUUCUCUUGUGUUCUGUAAAAUGAAAUGAAAGUAAAAAGUUAAGCUUAAAUCUAUAAGCAGAAAUUAUUUUUUGGUAGAAUUUUACAAUUCCACAAUUCAAUCAUAAGAAACAGGGGGGAGGGAAGGGAGGGG